AUGGAUCUACAUUCAUUUUGGAAUACCAUGCAUGUUGAAGAACCAAAAAUACCCGAAGCACAGGUAGACUGCGAAGCAGAUAUGAGAAACCGGAUAAUCAGACUAGCCACCGAAGUGUUACGAAAAGAUUACAUGACUCCAAAAGCUGAUUACAUGAAUAGCACUAUUAAUCCAUACACCAUCCACUUGGCUGAGCCUGCAUAUGUUAAACCGAAGGGAUGGCCAAAGGAUAAACCGACGAAGAGAGAUAAAUCCGGUUGGGAGUACCAACCAUUCCCACCGAAGUCGUCUACUGAUGAAGAAAAGGGUAAAUCCUCUGCAGGUCCUAAGGGUCGAAAAAGUACGUCUACCGGAACCCCACCACUGAAAGUAACUGAUCCAGCUCCCGGUCGCGGACGGGGGCAGGGUCGGGGCAGUGGUAGAUUAAGUGAUGAAUCUACUGCCAAUCAGAAUCCUAUGCCGAGGCCUCGAAAGGAAUCGAGAGAGGAGCUCAAUUUCAGAUCGUACAUCUCAUGUUUUGUGGCAGGAUCUAUUGUGUGGUAUAUUAAUGUUGUCGUAGAUGGAAAUUGUGGGUACAGACGUGUUGCAGAAGCAGUGUUCCGAGAUCUGCACAGAUGGAGUCGUGUGAGGAGAGAUUUAAUUGCUGAUAUGUACGAGCGAUUUGGUACGUACACAUCGCAAAAUGGUCAAGAUGAAGUCAUCCGAUGGAUUGCAAGAUGUGAUUGGCAAGAAGGACUGUGUGGUCAGGACAAAUGGAUGUCAUUUCCGGAUAUGGGAAUUUCGAUAUCGACAAAAUACAAUGCGACUUUGGUCUUAUACUCCGUCGGCGGAACUACGACCUACUUACCUCUAGUAGGUCCGGGUGAAUUGUCUCAUAUGAUCCAUAUGGUAUUGCUAGGAAACCAUUUUUCCCUUAUCCAGUUACCGGUUAAUUGUCCUAUACCACCCAUCACUCCAUAG